AUGUUCAGAAGCAGAAAAACAGUUGCGAAUUCGUAUCCGAAAAUAACCAACGAUCCCAAGCACGCAAAAAAGACUUCACAGCAGGAGAUCUGCCACUCAAAGUCAUUCUUGUUCGAGCCGAGCUCAGCCUUCAUAUAUCACAAUUGUCCUUUACCUUUCAGUAUGAAUGCAAUUCUUGUUCAUUACACUCAAGGACAUUUACAAAAGCUAAAGCAUCUCACAAUUGCAUACAAUAAUUUCUUUUAUUCAAAUCUUUAUUCAACAAAAGUUGAAUUGUAUCAACACAAAAAAAGUACGAAAAGGAAGUCAAUGAAACAGAAAACAUUUUUAAGGACAUAUCAAUUUCGCAAACACAAUAAUUCAUCGAAAUUUUUGCCAUUAAUGGCAACUGAACAGGAAAAGAAACCAUUAAUCGAUGGACGAAUCUUCUUCACCACUCACUGGGUGAUCUCACAAGAGAUUUUGUGUGGCAAAACUAAAAUAUGUCUCGGAAAUUGCAAAAAAAAUCAUCCAUCAUUUGAAUUUGAAAUGAUUAUUGAAAGUUUGUUGUCAUUUGGAUUUAGUUUUAAUGAGAAGUCAAUGAAACUUCACAUUUAUUGUCACGACAAUGACUAA